GUGGGUCAAAGCGGAUUAAUUCGCUUAUGUGCGGAACGUACUAUUGUCACAAGCCUGCCAGAAGGAGUUUUCCCCACAUUUAUCAGAGAAGUCAAAUGUGAAGGUGACAGCUGCCUCACGAAUGAGGGACGAUGCAUUCAGCGGUUCAUGGAGUUUACAUUUAUUCAUUUCACUGGGGAAUACGAGUUCCAUGAAACCGUUAGUUAUUGGCCACGGAUUGAUAUUUACACCGAGGUAUGGAAUCCGUAUACGCAAGAAAUCGGUAUUUGCUGCGAAUGCCAACGGCUGAGCUAAAACCUGGGCCGGUAGUUCCCUGGCUAUUAAGUAGGCUGUUUUCUCUUCGCUACUAGGCCUGCGCAAUCUGGAAUUCCUUCUCCUGCUGUUUUUUCUUCCGUGGAUUCAACUUUUUUCCACAUUGAAGAUUGGAAUCUUACACAUCCAUCUUCAAAAUAGACUAGAGAUGCAACAUUUUAUUUGAUUUUUCGCCUCCAGAUAUAAAAAAAACCUAACAGUAGACGGUACUAUUUUAAGAUGAUUUUGUUUUAUAAAUUAGGCACCGUAAAGAGUUUCUGAAGCUUACAUUUUGAGGGUUAGCUUCUCUUCAAAAAAAAUAUAAUCAUAGUAAGCCUACCUCGCGAUUUUGUGGUUAAUAAUAGUUGCUGUUUUAAAAGUAAGGCAGGUUUUGCUGCACAUCGGAAAUAAACCGGAAGUUAGUUGACAAACGUUUCUUCUUACUCUCCCUCCCCCCCCCUCCCCUAAAAUCCUCCACCCACCCCCUCCCCACCCCGUCGUUAAAUAAUGAGUGAUCCCUGAGCGCAGUCAUUAAGUAUAGUACAUAGCCGUGGUUUUGAAUUCGAGAAUAUAAAGAAUUGGAAUUAAGUGUGUUUUUUUCAAUCAGAACGCAUGUGUACCGUCUUGACUUUUGUGUAGCCGUACCCUUCCUCCGUUGCAGAAAAGGAAAACGUUUCUCUUCCGAGUAGAGGGUAAGGCUACACGUUUGCUAGGACCAUGUUGAACAAAUGUCAUGUUUACUCAAGAUGCUCAAACACCUUGAUGUUAAAUUUGUUCUCCUGCUUGAAUUUUAAUCAGUGUAUUAAAGAUAAAGAUAAAUUAAUCAGUGUAUUAAAGAUAAAGAUAAAUUAAAGUUAAAUCGUUGCAGAUAAAAAAAAAAUAGAUAUGGUGACGAAACUCUUCGGCUCUUUAAAAGAAGAAAAAUUAAGAAAAAUGCUCUAAACAGAAAUAUCUUUUCCUUGAUCAGAAAUAUCUUGGACUGAUGAACAGAUGUUACUUAAAAAAAUUCAGCUGAGUAUGCUGGCGGGCUGUAAUCAGCUGUUUUCAUGGGCCAUUGAUUUGCUUCCUAAAUUAGUUUGGUUCCGACUUUUCGGCAAAGUAGUACUCUUUCCUUUCUGAAAUACUUGGAUCUCAAUAUCAACUCGGUAAAAUCCCGUGGCCUACGCGCUAGAGUUAUAAUACCAUGUUGUGACCGCUUUAUAACUCAGUAUAAUCCAAUUACAUCAAUAUUUUCGCCUUUAUGUAUUAGAUUAUUGUUCUUUAAGUAACGAUCUGGCUCUUACCUUGUGCGUCAUUAGGGCGAGUGCCAAAAUAACCACACUGAACCAUGACGUCAUUGCAUGACUAACUUUAAGUAGAAACAAUAAACAAUCAGAUAUUUGCUUACUGUUUCUAGGAGACAGAAGGUCACAGUUUCAAGUUGUUAUUCAAAUAUUGCCUCAGUCUACUAACUUUAAAUUUACGCUUUCGUCCUACUCUUUGACGGACAAUUACUUUGUCGACGAAAGUAUACAAUUCCAGAGUACGCAAAAUUAGUUUCGCGGAUGCCUUGAUUCUCUUCAAUGAAUGAUCGUUUUCCACAGUUUGUAGAGAUCUAAAACAAAUUCCGUUCUAUUUUUCUUUAAAUAUUUUGUUUUAUUUUCGCCCACAUCUUUUACUUCUUCCUAGGGAAAUACUCUUGCGUGGAAACAACGGAAGUUGUGAGCUAUAGAUCUUACAACUUUACACCAACGUCAUAACAAUCGAAGAACAAAGAAGUUCACCGAACUUUUACGAGUCAAAGGAGGAAUUUUCAAUUUAAUUAAAAGUGUGAUUUCUAACAGAAUAUUUUCCCCCAUUAUUUAAGUCUUAAAACUAUUAUUUUUUCCAGUCUAAGGUUAGGAUCAAGGUUUCUUUUGUUCACUAGCCGUCAAUCAGUUGCUGAUGGAUUUUGUCAGUUUUCUAUUCAUGAUUGAUUUAUAAUGCAAAAAUAAACCUAAUAUUACCCAGAGAAUCCACCACUUACACAAAAUAUACAGUGCUGAUGUCUGAUAUCCUUAUGACAAGCUACAAAUAUGCUAUUGACAAAAAUUGAAAACGUUAUACGCCGUUUUGCAUCAUAACUUAUAGCAACUUAACUAUGGUGAAAUCCGAACUUGCGAGAAUUAACAAAGAAAAAACGAAUUAUAAUACCAAACCUGCUCAGCUAUAUUUUUAUUUCUCCUUUUUUGGUAAACGUCUAGAGUUCUGUCGGCCCUUUUGGCCGGUGAAAGCAGUAACAGGAAGUACACAGGUAGCUAGUAAUAAAGCUUCAUUAUUAUGCAAAACAAGUAUUAGGCUAAAAUCUAUUAUUAUUUUUUCAUAAAGCCACAAAGGAGAAUAAAAUAUUUCGAGACAAAGAUAUCGCUUUCUGCUUUUUCCGCCUUGACUGGUUAAAAAGAGUUCGUUAUACUCACAAAAGAUUAGAACGACUGCAGAGCUGAACAAUAGAAAAGCGAUCUGAACAGACUGAGGCCUUAGUUGCUUGUAAAAAGGUAUGCCACGGGAGUUAUGCUUAGUUAUAAAUUUACUUGUUCUUUAUAUCCAUCUGAUUUUAUAAGUUUUGGUCCUUGAUGCAUAUAUAUUACGCUGGCCUUACACGAGCAGCGACAAAGUUUCAAGCCCAGUAAAUUAUUUUUUGACGAUUGCAAAGUUUGGGUGUAGCAAGAAAACUCUCUUACAUAACUUAAAUCCAAAAUGUAUGAUUCUUUGAUUGAGUUUUGCUCAAAAAACAUAAAUUUGCUAUUAAUUUGUUUAUAAUUGGUACUGUCAAUCAUAAUUUUUCUUCUUAGGACGAGAGUAGAACAUGUCUUUUAUAUAUUUGAUAUUCUUAAUCGAGAGAGUUUUUGUUUGUGUUACGUCGGAGUAUUAAGAUAUAUCUGAGCACUUUUGUAAAGACUUGUAUACGGUUUAUAUAAAGCUUCUCUUUUUAAAGAAAUUCUGGAUUCCUCCGCGUUCUGCCGGCGAAAUUCCGCUCCAUGAAAAGCUUACCACUAUACUUUGUUACUUUCUCAAGGAAAGUUUGAUGCCGAUUGAGAAAUAACUGCAAAUGUCUAUAUCUUCAAAUUUCGACUUUGUUCCUUUCCUUUUUAAUUGAGUCAAAUAUUGAACAGCGGUUAUGACUCUCUAUCGGAAACCUGAAAAUAUCAACUUAAAAGUAAAAAAAAAUAAUAAUAACUUCGUUUGAUGGCUUAAAAAACAGGCCAAACGGAAGCGUGACAUAUAUAUGUUUUGUCAGAAGUCACGAGUCAACAGCAAAAACAAGACGGCGACGGUAAACGAGGACACAACGAAACAAAAGAUCUAAUUGGCAGAAGAAUAGCGCAGCACGAGCGGUUUAACACAAUGCUGUACAUUUAUAACCGUCCUCUGCAAAACAACUUGACGUGAAGUCACCAAAAUCUGCGUGGUCCCAGAACGAAAACCACGGCGGUAAAUAAUUUAAGUUGUUACUUGGAACUUGACGUUAUGGCAGAGUUGAUAUAUAUAGUGCCGUAAGAGACGGUGACACAUCCAGCUGUUCUCAAAAUUCUAACUAAAAUUAAAAAUUCCUUUGUUAAUCGACUUUCUCCGCGGCGUUGCCUUCCUGAUUGCAUAGGUGAUUUGUUUUUCAAGAUGAGAGAACAGAAGGUUCCACUUAAAAUCUGUCACACGAGUCCAACUGUUUCUAACUUGUUUAAAGAGUUUACAAACAGUUGCGCCGUCCGAUCAAACAAUGAACACUUGUGAACAUUUCCACGCAAGCCAAUUUAUACAUCAGCCAACACCAACGUCAACAAGCAUGACAGGCAAGAUUAGUAUACCACGAACUGAACCCGCGAAAAACUGAUGUUAAGAAAAAAAACACAGACCGACGGUUUAAAUUCAGUUGAAAUAUUAAUCGAAGUUCACUUGUCAGCUAAAAAGCCUUGGAUAAACACGAACCCUGUCAAGGCGGCAAUUGUUAUCCAAGAAUUGUAGUCGACAUAGCAUUUCCCCCUAAUUAUGGCUGCCAAACAGCUGGCUUUUUUAAUCAGUCUUUCUCUUUGUUUGCAAUUAAAUUUAACCCACUUACGAGAGGUAACGUGUAAAGAUGACAGAUUAAACUCAGUAUUAUUGAUUUUCUUUAAGGUUAGACAAGUGUUGGAGAAGUUCACCAGCCAGUCUAGAGAAGCAUGGAGAUACCUGUGAAACCGAAGGUGAAAAUUUUACUUAUAUGGAGCCUAAGUUGCUUCGCUGUAUAUAAGACAAAUAGGGUAAGAUUUUGGCCGCACCUAUUUGCUGUUAUCCUUUACAAACUAUAAUUUAGUAACGCUCCACAAGUUAGAUAACAGUGGCUUCUUAGCUGAGUUGGCAGAAAGGCCCAACUACUGUUUGGGAGACAACGGAUUCGAACUCUGUUUCAGCCACAAUUUUUCAAGAUUUCUUUUCCUAUAAUUUCUUCAGUCUGAUUGCAGUUCAUCUACAAGGAUCCGUCACUAUCAGAUUUUUGUCAAUUUUGAUGGUUAAUUCAUUUUUUCUUAUAGAAUAUUCUUCCAUUUUAUCGCAUUUCUAAACAGAUAAUGUCACUAGUCUUGCUCAUGAUUGUCGUCUUGGCUACGCUUCCGACUUCUAGUGGGAGGACUCGAAUUUUGCGUCAACGCCGAACAAGAACAUCACGUAAACCUUUAAUAACAUCAAGGCCUAAAAUUCAAGAAAAAGAUUGCACUCGCAUCGUCGAUUCAGUUCCUAAAUAUCGUGGAAGGUUACUCCGGAGUCAUCAGCUAUGCGUUCGCCUCAAUGAAACCCAGUUAAUGAGCAAGCUUCGUAUCACUGGCGGAGGUUUCAACCCACGAUACAUGGCCAUUAACAAGACAGAUUCUUGCAGAUUUCAGGAUCUAGCUGUUGCAGACGAGCUUCCUGUACAACCCGCUACGCCAUCUGAGGCCCAACCUGAUCAUCGGCCACGCCAAAUUCAGCAAGACCCCUCUGACAAUGAUUUGAGCCGCAUUUUGGAUGAGCCAGAAGUAGGUGAUCAGGAAGGAGGCCAGUUGAGACAGAAACGGAUGUCAUCCUUGAGCCCAGGCUCCACCCUGCGCGGCUGCUGGGGUCGAGGCUCAACCGUGGAUAACACUAACUUAAGACGCCUCUGUACAGAGUGUGCCGCAACCACAAGACUUCCAUCAAAAGUGUUUCCGCCCUUUAUCAACGAAGUCAUUUGUGACGAUUCCGACCAUUUGUGUUUUCGAGCCAUUGGAAGAUGUGUGCAGCGUUACAUACAGUUCACAUUUCUUCGCUUUACUGGAGACUUCGAGAGAGAUGAUACUCUGAGCCAAUUAAUAGGAAUUAAUGUUUAUAUGGAGGAGUGGGAAGAUUAUGAACAAGAUAUCAGAUCCUGCUGUGAAUGCCGGAUAUUUUCAAUAUUCGGUCGCAAAUAA